GUGAGAGGUACGUAAAUGAACGCCUCUAGCGGAAAACGGGAAAAUUUGCGUUCGUUGUUAUGAGAGUUAUUCCCCUUACACCAGAAAAAAUAUUUUCAAAAUGUCGGAAGAAAUUCCGCUUCGACGUAAAAAUGGUCAAUUUGGUGGUAAAUUAUUCAACAAUUCUCGUCAAAAUCUAACAAAAAGUGUGGUAGUAGUAAAUGAAAUGUCUUGUCCAAAUGAAACAUUGCUUCCCUCCCAAGAAAAUGAUAGUAAUAGUACCUUGGCAUGGCGUGAUGGUAGAAGAGUGGUUGAGUUGGGAUUAUUAGCUGACCAACUUAAAGCGUGUAAGAACUGUUAUUCACCUUUAUAUCUUCACAACUGCUCAAACGAACAAAGAUAUGGCCUAGGAAGUAUAUUGUAUAUACCUUGUGGCAGCUGUCCCUACACCAACUUAAUAAACACUGGUAAACGACACAGAUCAGAAACAUCCAAAAAGGGAAUGUUGAUAUGGGAUGUGAAUACAAAAUGCAGUUUGGCCUAUUUAGAUGCUGGAAUGGGUCCACACCAGACAGUGAAUUUUCUUGCUGGCAUUAACAUCCCCCCAAUAGCAGUUAAGAAUUUAAAGAUCAGAGAAAGAGAAAUCGGUAAAACUAUUGAAAAGUGUGCUGAAAUGUCUUGUCAGAAAGCUUUACAAGAAGAAAUAGAUUUAAGUAGAGAUGAAGAUGAUAAUUUAAAUGGACCUUCAAUAACAGUUUCUUUUGAUGGUGCUUGGCAGAAACGAGGAAGUGGAAGAAGCUACAGUAGCUUGACAGGUCAUGCUACAAUGAUUGGUGAAAAAACUGGAAAAUGUGUGAGUCAAGGAACUAAAUCAGCAGAUUGCAGAAAGUGUAUGUAUGUGGAUGAAAAGGGAGAUGGACAGCACGAUUGUAGGAAAAAUCACAGCGGAAGUGCAAAGUCGAUGGAGCCAAACUUAGCCGUUGAAAUGGUGCAGGACCUGCAAUGCAAAGGAUGCACAGUUUCAUGUAUAAUAAUGGAUGACGAUACCACUACUCUAGCUAGACUUAAACAAAACAUUAAUUCUGAUAUUGUUAAAAGGUCAGACAAAAACCACCAGAGAAAAAAAUAUUGUUAGUGACUUAUACCGCUUACAUGAAAAACACAAAGGUAAAUUGUCAACAAGUACUAUAAGCUACUUGACAAAAGAUUUAGAUUAUGCGAUAGCCCAAAACCAGAAUCAUGCAGAACAAUUGAGCCAGAAUAUUUAUUCUAUCAUUCCCCAUUCUUUUGGUGAUCAUUCUAACUGUGACUUAUCGUGGUGUAACUACCAUAAAGAUCCAGAAAAUUACAAACACAAAAGUCUUCCGUAUGGCAAAGAUUUAAACGGAGAGGAAAUGUUUGCUGAUUUGUCAAAAUUGUUUGAUUCUUACGCAAAGAACUCACAUAAAUUAGCUAACUGUGGCAGCUCACAAGGAAACGAAUCCUUAAAUCAAAUUAUCGCGUUAAAGGCACCAAAAGCUAAGCAUUUUGGGAGUAGUCAAUCCCUUCCUUUCCGAGUAUGCGUGGGUGUUAUUCAGAAAAACGAAGGUCGUUCUUAUAUACCACAAGUAUACGAAGCUCAUAAUUUGUCACCGGGAAAAUUUACAGUAAUACAUACGGCAAAAAUAGACAAAAAGCGCAAGCAUGACAAAGUAAAUGCAAGUACCCGGGAGGCAAAGAGAAAAAGAC